GCACAGACCGUGCACCGCUAUAAAAAUACUGUGGUGCCCUCGGCAAGGCACUCGAGGGCUCAGCAACAUGGCUCCCAAGCUGGUGAUCCUCCUCGCUCUGUCGUUCGUGGUGCAGAACGCAUACGCGUCACCCCUAUUUUUUGACUCGAUAGGGAAGAUUAUAGACGAUGUGGCGCAGGGUAUUCAAGACGCUAUGGAUGACGUUGCUAAUGGCAUAGACAACAUUGUGCAUGGAGGCACCACCACCAGCUCGACUUCUGCACCCACCACAAGUACUACCGUCACAGAGGUCACCAGCACCACUGUCUCUGAUGCCACUACCCCCUCUGCAGCCACCACAAGUUCAACCGCAGACGUCACAAGCUCUGCGACAACCUCUGCUGCAACUGCUGCAAGUUCUUCUGCCUCAGAGGUCACAACCUCUGCGACUGCGUCUGAUGCAACUACUGCUACUGAAACUUCAGCUGGUACUACUGCCACAGUUGUAACAAGCUCUUUGACUGCAUCUGAUGCAACUACUGCUACUGAAACUUCAGCUGGUACUACUGCCACAGAUGUAACAAGCUCUGUGACUGCGUCUGAUGCAACUACUGCUACUGAAACUUCAGCUGGUACUACUGCCACAGAUGUAAUAAGCUCUGUGACUGCGUCUGAUGCAACUACUGCUACUGAAACUUCAGCUGGUACUACUGCCACAGAUGUAACAAGCUCUGUGACUGCAUCUGAUGCAACUACUGCCACUGAAACUUCAGCUGGUACUACUGCCACAGAUGUAACAAGCUCUGUGACUGCAUCUGAUGCAACUACUGCCACUGAAACUUCAGCUGCUACUACUGCCACAGAUGUAACAAGCUCUGUGACUGCGUCUGAUGCAACUACUGCUACUGAAACUUCAGCUGGUACUACUGCCACAGAUGUAACAAGCUCUGUGACUGCAUCUGAUGCAACUACUGCCACUGAAACUUCAGCUGGUACUACUGCCACAGAUGUAACAAGCUCUGUGACUGCGUCUGAUGCAACUACUGCCACUGAAACUUCAGCUGGUACUACUGCCACAGAUGUAACAAGCUCUGUGACUGCGUCUGAAACUUCUUCAAGUGCUACUGUGUCAGAUGUUACGACUUCUGUAACUGUCUCCGAUGGUACGACCACCGUUGGACUUUCUAAAACUACUGCGCCAGCUGUCUCCAGCACUGCUACCACUGCUGCUACAAGCACUGCUGAAACUGCCACAGGCACUACUGCCUCAGAUGUCACCAGCUCGACUACUGCUUCUGAAGCUGCUACCUCUGCUGAGACCUCAUCAAGCACAGUCUCAGAUGUCACCACCUCGGAUGCUGCCUCUGAAGCCAGUACCUCUGCUGACACCUCAUCAAGUACUGAAGUCUCUGACGUCACCAGUUCGGCUACUGCCUCUGAAGCUACUACCUCUGUCGACACCUCAUCAAGCACCAUCGUUUCAGAUGACACCAGCUCGGUUACUGCCUCUGAAGCCACUACCUCUGCUGACACCUCAUCAAGUACUGAAGUCUCUGACGUCACCAGUUCGGCUACUGCCUCUGAAGCUGCUACCUCUGCUGACAGCUCAUCAAGUACUGAAGUCUCUGACGUCACCAGUUCGGCUACUGCCUCUGAAGCUGAUACCUCUGCUGACAGCUCAUCGAGUACUGAAGUCUCUGACGUCACCAGCUCGGUUACUGCCUCUGAAGCCACUACCUCUGCUGACACCUCAUCAAGUACUGAAGUCUCUGACGUCACCAGUUCGGCUACUGCCUCUGAAGCUGCUACCUCUGCUGACAGCUCAUCAAGUACUGAAGUCUCUGACGUCACCAGUUCGGCUACUGCCUCUGAAGCUGCUACCUCUGCUGACAGCUCAUCAAGUACUGAAGUCUCUGACGUCACCAGUUCGGCUACUGCCUCUGAAGCUGCUACCUCUGCUGACAGCUCAUCGAGUACUGAAGUCUCUGACGUCACCAGCUCGGUUACUGCCUCUGAAGCCACUACCUCUGCUGACACCUCAUCAAGUACUGAAGUCUCUGACGUCACCAGUUCGGCUACUGCCUCUGAAGCUGCUACCUCUGCUGACAGCUCAUCGAGUACUGUAGUCUCAGAUGUCAGCAGCUCAGAUACUGCCUCUGAAGCCACUACCUCUGCUGACACUUCAAGCACUACAGUCUCAGAUGUCACUACCUCUGCAACUACCGCCGCGGCUGCAAGCACUACCAGCAGCGAUUCAUCUGAUGAUUCUUCGUCGGGACUUGACGGCUUCUUUGAUGCUAUAAAGAACGCUAUCGAGAUGGCCAAGAAUGUCACAGAGACCAUAAUCGAGGACAUCGUUGACACUGUAGGAGAUAUAACUGAGGAGAUCGUCGAGAAAGUACAGGGCUUUGUAAAUACCACUCAGUCCCAGCUGAAAGACAUCCAGUCAGCUGUCGAAAAUUCGAUCGCCAGCGUGUCUUCAGAGCUGGCGAGCCUCGCGUCUACGGCCGUGUCGGCCCUGGAGACGGCGGUGGCGGACCUGGCGACGCUGACGAUGAACAACAUCGAGCAGGCCGAGGAGGACAUGGAGGCUGCCAUCAACGCCACGCAGAAGCUCGCGGCCGCCGCCAGCGGCUUCGCUUCUAGCGCCGUCACCAACGUCGUCGAUUCCAUCGAGGGGGCUCUGAACAACACGGAGUCGCUGUUCGACAGUCUGAAGACGAAGCUGAAAAGCAGCAGCAGCAGCUCUUGAGCGGAGCAGCCAGCAGCACGAGCGGCAGGCAGUCUUGCGGCGUCCGACUUGUCACGUCUCCGAAAGUGCCAGUUUCUCCACUACAAGAACUUGUUGUUGAGUAUGCCGCAGUGAAAUAAAGUGCCGUUCCAAUAGCA